UAGAAGCACGCAACCGUCUCCCCCGGAUCUGGCUGCCCAUUCUCUGCCUCGAGUCCUCCCCUAGUCGCCUCCCCGUCUGCCGGCGACCAAACCCUACCAGAUCGCCGCGCACCUCCGCCGGCCAUGGAGAGCUGGGCGAGCUGGUUCGGAUCCGGCGUCACCUCCGCCUUCUUCGCCUCGCUCGAGCGCUGCUCCUGCAUCAACCUCUCCACCGACGACGACGACGACGACCUCGACGGCGAGGCCCACGACCGCGCCCUCAUCCUCGCCGCCGACUCCGCGCCCUCCGACGCCGCCGCCCACAAGGAGACGGACGGCGGCAAGGAGCCGCCCCUCCCGCCCGUAUGACCGCCUCCGCCUCCUCCCCCCGCUCGCUCCCUUGCGUACGACUUACUCCUCCCCCUCUCUGAGGCGUCCUGUGCUGCUGUUGAUCUGAUGAACUGCUCUAUGCGUGUAUGUUGUUCGGGUGAAUAUUAUGCUACCGUGUACUAGUAAUCUCUUAGUGAAUUUAAUUUCUGUUCAAUGGACAAAUUCGGGUGGUGCACAUAGGGUCUGUCUGUCUGUCUACUUGUUCAUGCCAUGAAUCAUAGUCUGCUACGUUUUCACUAUAUAUGAUGAAAAUGGCCAUGACUGUAAAAAUACUUCCGAAUGCUUUCUUCUAUUACGACGCUUAAUUGUCGAA